AUGGGCCGGUGGACACAACAGCUUCUUCUGCCUGCUCUGGCAGUCUUGACUCCGUUGUCUAGUGCAUUGGAAAUCACCCGUACAUUCACAACCACCUUCCCGACCUCCACCGUCGUCACUUCGUCGUCCGCCGUGGCUGGCUGCACGGUCGCCUCGUCGCUGGACAUCACCUGCGGCAAUGGAUACUCUAAUAGCUAUGGGGCAGUGUGGCAGGAGACCUGCUCAGCGACCAUUACCGGCGGCUCCAUCGUCCUAACUGGAUUGGCGCGUUCUCUUCGGGCCUGUAUCUCCGCCUGCGCUGUCCGCUCCACCUGCAGUGCGACCUCCUAUGAUCAAUCGAGCGGCAUGUGUUAUUUGUAUGCGGGCGAUGUGACCAUUACACCUGGCGGACCGUAUCAAGCUGCUCUUCGUUAUGCGCCCACUGCCAGUCCUUGUGUCUCGACCUGGCUGGUCACAGAGACCGGGACGGGUACUUCGACGUGGGAGUCUGUCUAUACAGUGACUCCGAGCCCUAUUGCCUCUCCAUCCCUGACGCCGUCUCCACAACUCGUGGCUUCGACGCCGUUGAGCCCUUCGGUCAGCCCGUCUGUAAUCCCGACGCCUUCUUCGACCCCGUCUGUGCAAGUGACGACGCCCUCACCGCCGUCUUCAUCGACGCCGCUGAUCCAUUCGUCUGAUACGACGUCGACCAGCACAUCCAGCCCGGUGGCUUCGCCUCCUGUGCAGUCUUCCUCGAUUCCGUUGAUCCGUACAUCGACUUUGUCUACGGUUUCUCCCGUCUCUCCUUCAGUCAUUCCUUCAGUGAUUCCUUCACCUCCCUCGACAAACCCGUCCGUUCCUUCAGGCUCAGUCCCCUCCUCGGGCAACUCUCCUUCUGGUCCGGGCGCAUCGGGAACACAGUCUGCUACCGGCGCAUCCGCUGCCCUUCCCAACACUGGAUCAGUCAAUGAAUCGUCCUCAAAAGCAUCCUCCUCGCAUGGGUCGGCUGGAAACUCCCCUUCCACUACAAUCUACACGGUCACGACGACCCAGGUUCACACAAUUACCUCUUGUGCCGCCACGGUCACCAACUGCCCUGCUCACCAGCAGACGACAUACUUGACCACGGAGACUCUCAUAUAUACCACAACCGUUUGUCCGGAGGCUACUUCAUCAGGUACUCACGCUACCGGCGCGCCAACAGCGAUUCCUCAACCCGGUGUCACACACACAGCAAUUGUCCCCUCCGAGCAGGCCGCCGAAACCGCGCUGCCACCUGCCCAUAUGACUACGUCCACGGUCUACGUCACAGAGAUCGACGUUAUCACCGCCUGCCCGCCGUCCGUCCACAACUGCCCCGCCAGCGAGAAGAGCACCUACACCACGACCAAGACCGUCGCUGCUUACACGACGACAUUCUUGGUCGCCGUGACUGAUUCCCCCUCGGUCGCUGGGUCUGAGGCUUCUUCCGUGCAUGCCGCGCCAGCCUCCACCCUUAUCAUCGCCCAGCCUCUUGUUCCUGGCCACGGAUCAACAGGCAACUACACGGUCCCGCAGGCUCCAUCUCUCAGCACCUUGCACGUCGGAGCCACAUCCUCGGGCUCCAGCAUGGGGGCCACGCACGCUACGACCAUGAACACCGUCUCUUGGCAGGGGGCGCCUUCUGGGACAGUGACUGCCCCCGGCGCUCUCUUUACUGGAGGAGCUUCUCAGAUUGGGGGAUUCUCUGCCCUCUCCGCCGGGGUCGCUGUACUGUCUAUGAUUUUCCUCUUGUAA